AUGCUCUGGAAGAGGCCUGAUAGCGUUCCAGUGGGGCAGGUGUGGGGCAGGUUUAAAGGAAAGGACAGGGAUGGUAUACCAGGGAAGAUGUACCAGAUACGGGACAUGGCCGAGUCGGACAGAGAGCGGUGUCUCGACCUGAUGCAGGAGACGUUCUUACGAGAUGAGCCACUGUGCCAAGUCUUAGAUAUCCCAAAAGAUAAAGAAUCAAUAGAAACAAUACGAAAAAACUGGACAGAGUUUUGUUCUCAGAAGAUUUGCAUUUGUUGUUUCACUGAAGAGGACGGCGAGCCCAAAGAAUUAGUCGGUUUUAAUAUUCUGUAUGUCAAAUGUAAAGAUGAUGAAGAAGAGGAUAUAGAGACGGUAAAGGGAGAGCAAUGGAAGAAAUUACUCAAGACAUUAGUAGCGGCAGAGAAACUAGUUGAUGUAUUCGAGCAUUACGGUGUGGAUAAAUAUUUGACGUCCAGUGGACUGACAGUGCUGCCAGAACACAGGGGACAGAAUAUUGGAGCCAGAUUAAUAGGUGCCAGAGAACAAAUGUGCAAGACAUUUGGUAUAAACGCUGCUUGCACGGUGUUCACGGCAAUCACGUCGCAAGUACUGGCGGAGAAGUGCCGGUACGAGACGUUGGCGGAACUGCUCUACUCAGAUAUGAGGGAGCAAGGCAUAGAUCUAAAGGAAUGUAGUACAUUGACUGCUAAACUCAUGGGCAUUAAAUUUGGCAGGCGUCUUCGAGCAAUCGAGAACAAAAUUGUGCAAGGCAUU